AUGCCGAUGGCGGCUAUUCACACGUACCAAAACCUUGGUGUUGAUCAGAAAUUGACGCACCUACAAUCUCAGGCUCCUCGGAGAUUAGCACCUGCUCCAGUGGAUCCCAGUCGCUGCAAGAAAAAAUCUUAUCUUCACCAGCCUUACCCGACACAACCUGCCUCCGUAGCACGCAGGAACGCUCGGGAGAGGAACAGAGUGAAACAAGUAAACAAUGGUUUUGCGGCGUUACGUCAACACAUCCCAUCAGCUGUCUCCGCAGCCCUAGCUGGAGGAAGAGGAUCUUCACGAAAACUAAGCAAAGUGGAUACUUUAAGACUAGCGGUAGAGUACAUCAAAAGUUUGAAGCGGUUAUUAGAGGAGAGCGAAGAAGGAUGCUCCGAAUCUCAGUCAGGGUUAGUCCUGAGCAAUAGCGGACAGCACACUCCACCACUAUCUGAAGAGUCCCACUCACCAGCUCCCUCCUUCGUGUCUGAAAGCUCAGUAGGGCCGAGCUGUCAUGAUGCGUACGACUCCUACGAGCCCAUGAGUCCGGAAGAUGAAGAGCUUCUCGACGUUAUAUCAUGGUGGCAGCAACAGUGA